CAGGUCAGUCACUAACAGACAGACUGAGAACAUACCUAUUUGACACUUCAUAGUAUACCAUCCAUGCGAGAGGAAGUGUAAUCUGCUCAGACAUGAGCAGUGCUAGUAACUCUCUGGCACGAGAGUUUUUGUCCGAUGUCAGCCAUCUUUGCAAUGCAGUGGACCAAAGGGUGGAAGCCAGGGAGGAAGAGGAAGAGAAAACGCACAUAGCUGCGCUUGGGCAAUAUCUUAUCCAAGGUCGUGGAUUCAUUUUGCUUACUAAACUUAAUUCCAUAAUUGACCAGGAGCUUACCUGUCGAGAAGACCUUCUGACUCUCCUUCUAUCACUUCUGCCGCUAGUGUGGAAAAUACCUGUAGAAAAAGAAAAGGCCACAGAUUUUAAUCUGCCCUUCUCUGCUGAAAUAUGUUUGACCAAAGAGUCAACCCUAAGUUCUCCCAAACCUACUCAGGAAAAACAAAAUAUAGGAGAGAAUUUUAAUCUGUCUGCUCAGGCUUCUGUAAAGCUAAAUUCUUCUUGGAAGAACAGACGUCAGCGCAAAACUACUCAUCGAUAUUCUGUGAGGGAUGCAAGGAAAUCCCAAAUCUCCACCUCUGAUUCAGAAGGCAAUUCGGAUGAGAAGACUAGCACGAUGAUGAGGCACAGGAGACCGCAGCUUCUGCAGCCUUUUCUAACAAACCAAUCUAAAGAUCGAUCUGUUACAAGUAGAUGUAACUUUGUAGAAACUGAAAUGGCCCAGAGCUGUAAUUCUGGGAGGGAGAAUGCAAACUCCAAACAGUUCAUUCCAGUUCAAGAAAGUAUUGUUCAGGCUUCAGAUGAGCCAGUUACAUCAUCUGUCAGUUGUCUAGACAACUCUCCCUUUGAUUUGUGCCACGUCUUACUGUCAUUGCUAGAGAAAAUAUGUAAGUUUGAUAUUGCAUUGAACCACAAGUCUGCUCUGGCAGCCAGUGUGAUAGGCACACUAACGGAAUUCUUGUCUAAACUUGGAGAUGGUUACAAUAUAAAUAAUGCUGCUGAAAAUGAAGCUGUUUCAUCAUGUUGGACAGAAGAAUCAGUUGCACUGGUUCAGAGGAUGCUCUUUAGGACAGUGCUACAUCUUAUGGCAAUGGAUGUUAAUAAUGCUGACACUAUGCCUGGCAAUUUGAGAAAAAAUCUUACUGAUUUACUUAAAGCAGCCUUAAAAGUGAAAUGUAUUCUAGAUACACUAUGUGAUCCUUUUGCUUCAAGACCACAAGGAACUUUACAAAACGUAAUUCAGGCUGACCUUUUCUCACAGUAUCGUCACAGAUUCCUCCUUUUGCCUGAGUUCAUAGAAGGAGUUCUGCAAAUUCUAAUCUGCUGCCUUCAGAGUGCAGCCUCUAAUCCAAAUUAUUUUAGCCAAGCAAUGGAUCUGGUUCAUGAAUUCAUACAGCAGCAGGGUUUCAAACUGUUCGAAACCACAGUACUCCAGAUGGAAGGAUUGGCUGCAAGGAGCACAGAAGUCAACACAGAAGCGCCAGAGUAUCUCAAAGCCCUCAUCAACAGCAUUAUGAAAAUAAUCAGCACUAUCAAAAAGGUGAAAUCGGAACAACUUCAUCAGUCUGUGUGUACAAGAAAACGACACAGACGAUGUGAGUAUUCCCACUUCAUGCAUCACCACAGAGAUCUCUCAGGAUUGCCAGUUUCUACUUUUAAAAAUCAAGCUUCUAAGAGUCCUUUUGAAGAAACAGCUGAUGGGGAAGUUCAUUAUCCUGACCGGUGUUGCUGCAUUGCUGUUUGUGCUCACCAGUGUCUGAGGUUGCUGCAGCAACUUUCUCUGAACAGUACAUGUUUUCAGAUCUUAACUGGUAUCCAUAAUGUAGGCAUAUGUUGUUGCAUGGAUCCCAAAUCAGUAAUUAGCCCCUUGCUUCAUUCCUUCAGAUCACAAAUAUUUAAGAACUUUCAGCCACAUAUAUUAAGCAUCCUUAAUAAGUUUAUUUUAGAUCAACUGGGAGGAUUGCAAAUUUCUCAGAAAGUGACACAUGCCUCUUGCAACAUCUGUAGCAUUGACUGUGAUCAACUUGCAGAACUUGAUGAUUUCUUACAUGGGAAUGCUACUGAAGUAUCAGCAUCAAGUUCAUCAGCUCCAUAUAGGUUUCAAGGAAUUUUGCCUAGCAGAGGAUCUGAAGAUAUGUUUCUGAAAUGGGAUGCCUUGGAGGAAUAUCAGAGCCUUGUUUUUGAGGAUGACGACAAACUGCGUUGCAUGCAGAUUGCUAGUCAUAUUUGUAAUUUGAUCCAAAAAGGCAAUGAGAUUAUUCAGUGGAAACUAUACAGUUAUAUAUUCAGCCCAGUUCUCCAGAGAGGUGUUGAAUUGGCUCAUUACUCCCAACAAACUGGUGCAACUACUGUUUUUAGUCAAGCAAGUGGCUAUCAAAAAGGAUGUUUGCCUCAGGAAGUCCUUCAAAUCUAUUUACAGACUCUACCAAUACUGUUUAAAUCCAGAAUAAUACGAGAAUUAUUUUUAAGCUGUAACGGAAUAAAUCAAAUGACUGAAUUAAAUUACUUGGACAGUGUGAGAACAUACUCGCUGAAAGUAUUUGAAACAUUAAUAUUUUCCUUUGGAGACCAGCAGACAGAUCAACUGAUGCCAGAUGUCAGUGGUUUGGACAGUGAAGAAAAAGUGCCUGCCUUAGACUUGGGUGUUUCUGUUCAUAGACAGCAAAUGGUUUCAGAUGUGCCUCAGAGCCUAAGUAAAUUUUAUGCUAGGCUCAAAGAAGUCUAUCCAAAAAAGAAGAAAUCAGUCAGUCAAGAUGCUCACAUCAACAUGAUAAACAUACUUCUCUGUGUUGCUUUUUUAUGCGUAAGUAAGGAAGCAGAGGCUGAUCAGGAUUCAACAAAUGAUUCUGAAGACACUUCAGGUUAUGACAGUACAGCUAGUGAACCUUUCAGCAAUAAGCUGCCACGUCUGUCAUUUGAGAGUUUGUCUUUACCUUCCUUAGAACAUAUACACAGGGCAGCAGAUAUUUGGUCAAUGUGUCGUUGGAUUUAUUUGUGCAGUGCAGUGUUCCAAAGACAGUUCCAUAGACUUGGUGGCUUCGAAGUAUGUCACAGAUUAAUAGCUAUGAUUAUUGAGAAACUUGGCAAGAAAGGAGAAAAGGAAGAAGGUGAGCAGGAGAAACCUAUUGAAUUUCUUUUUGAAAAUUGCUCAUCGCAAUCGAUACUGAACAAUGAGAAAGGGCAGUCAGACCAUAAUAAUACUGAUGGAAAUCUUGACAAAAUAGGUCAACAGAAACAACUAUCUUACCAGCAUUCAAAUGCAGAGCAAGCUUCAGUUGAUGGCACUGCAGAAUCAAAAAAUGUCUUAAUGCAAGAAAAUGACUGGUCACUGCAAGGUAUACGACUUUUGGAAGCUCUGCUGGCAAUUUGUUUACACAGUGCAAAUAAUUUCCAGCAGAAGACUGAAAUGGAGUCUCUUCUUCAGAACAUUUGUGUGGAAGACAUUUUACUUGAAAUGAAGGAACAGCUUGCAAAAGCUAGAAUAAUGGAAACAGACUUGGUGAAGCCUUUAUUUGAUUCUUUGCUUCGAGUUGCAUUGGGAACAUAUUUUACUGAUCUGGAUCAUUCUGAAGAAAAGAAAGAAAAGAUCCAUCAGCCUGAAAAGGAGCCUGCAUCUCGGCCUGGUGAUAUAUCUGAAGAAGCUGAUGAGUCACAGUGCUGUUGUUUUAAAUUUUUUGCUGAAGAAAAAGGCUAUGAUGCUGAUAGUGAAAGUAAUUCUGAUGACAAUGAAAGCAAGGAUGAAGGAACAGACAUUAAAAGAGAGAAAGGAUGUUUUGGCUAUUGCAAUAUUCCUAGUGAUCUUGCUGAAAACAUUAUUCAAGGAGAACUGAUAUAUCCUGAACUAUGUAUGCUGGAAUUACAUUUACUUUCUGUUGGCAGUCCAAGCCUAGAUGUGCUCACUCAUGUCUUCCACAGCUUCUUGAAAGUAGUCAGGUUGAAGGAAAAAAAUGCAACAUUACUAAUGCAACAGGGAGCUAUAAAGAGCCUUCUGGGCGGAUUCCUCCAUGUAUUAACACAAACAGAUUCCAGUUUUCAUGUAUGUCAGAAAAUAUUAGUGGAUCUGCUGGUUUUUCUGAUGAGCUCAAGUACAUCUUCAGAAGAGCUCACACUUCUUCUAAGGAUCUUUUUAGAAAAAACACCUUCUACGGGUAUUCUCCUUAAAGGAAUCCUAAAGAUUUUGGAGGCAAUUACCGGGAUGAGGCCUUUACAGCAUAUUGUAUUUCCUUUGCACCAAAUUCCAAGUUUAGGAAGCAGCCCUUGCCAAAAACCAGUGCCCACACUCAGCAGCAAAACUGUAGCAUUACUAAGGCGAGCAAAAUUAGUCCCGUCAAAGAAAGAACCAGAGGGUGAGAGUUUGCCACACCAUCUUCUCUCUCCAUGGCAUGUGGCUCCAGUCCAUCUGCCGCUGGUGGGGCAAAAUUGUUGGCCACAUAUGUCUGAAGGAUUCAGUAUCUCCUUGUGGUUUAGCGCUGAAUGUAUUCACAGAGCAGGCAGUUCCUUGGAGAAAGGCAAAAGAAUGAAAAGAAGGAGCAGGUCACUAAUUUCACAUGACAGCAGUUUUGAUGAACCAGAAGAAAGCAAACCUGGAUUUGAUUACCUCAAUUUGGGAGACAAACUUCUUGAAGAUGGCUGCCUUCAUAUAUUUUCAUUGGGCUCCAAAGCAUUGAUGAUACAAGUCUGGGCUAAUGUGAACUCAGGAGCUUUCACAUUUCGUAUGUGUAUGGAUCCAAAUGAUGAAAUGAAAGCUGGAUUAUUAGCGCAAGCUGAAACACCAGAGAAUACUUUUCUUGUAGGCAAAUGGCAGCAUUUGGCACUAACAUACAUUGAACAACCAGAAAACAAGAAAAACAUCCAUGGAACUCUCUCUCUGUGGAUUUGUGGACAGAGAAAACCUGACAUUUGUUUAGAUUAUACACUUCCAAGAAAAAUGAGUUUGUCAUCCGACUGUAAUAAGACAUUCUGUAUGACAGGCCAUUAUACAUCAUCCCAAGAUGAUAUUUUGCAGUUGACUGGAAGAUGGAGCCUUGGAAAUUUGCUUCUCUUCAAUGGUGCAACAAUUGGUCCUGAAGAAGCAUUUUAUCUCUAUGCUUGUGGACCAGAUUUCACUUCUAUAAUGCCAUGUAAAUAUGGCAAACCAAUAACUAAUUAUUCCAAAUAUAUAGAUAAAGAGAUUCUACAGUGUGAACAAAUCAAAGAACUUCUGAUGACAAAAAAAGAAGUAGACACUGGGCCUUUAACUGAAAACCUUGCUACAGUUUACACCACUUGCUGCCCUGGUUACUACACAAUCUAUGAACCAGUAAUCAGACUUAAAGGCCAAACAAAAACCAUUCCUUCUCAACGACCUUUCAGUUCAAAAGAAGUACAAAGCAAUUUAUCAGAUCCUGAUUAUCUGAAAAUGCUGCAGCCUGCUGAAUACAAAGGUCUCCAAGGCAUACUUCAUGAGAUUGGUGGAAUUGGAUCAUUUGUCUUUCUUUUUGCCAGAGUUGUAGAGAUCAGCAGUUGUGAAGAAACACAAGCUUUAGCUCUGAAAGUUAUCCUUGCCUUAACAAAACACAAUCAACAGAGAAUACAUGAGUUAGAAAACUGCAAUGGUUAUUCAAUGAUUCAUCAGGUGUUGAUAAAGUCAGAGUGUAUUGUUGGAUUUCACAUUUUGCAGACUCUUCUUGAAGGAUGCUGCAAUGAGAAAAUGAUCCAUCUAAAUGAGAAUGGACAAUUUGUACUUGAUGUGGAAUCUAGAGCAAUUAUCCAGGAUGUUAAAUUGUUGGAAGAGCUACUGUUUGAUUGGAAGAUAUGGUCUAAAGCCCAGCCAGGGGUGUGGAAAACACUGUUAUCAGCUCUAGAAACGCUUAUCCAAGAUAAUCACUGGCAACAGCUAUUUAACAUUAAACAACUUCUUAAAGCUCAAGUUGUGCAUCAUUUGUUGCGAACGUGUCAAGUUCUGCAGGAGCACAAAGAAGAACAUUUCACAUCUAUUCCUUCAGAAGUUUGCAAAUCAUUUGUGAAAAUAAUUGAAGAAGUGCUUGGAUGUCCACCAGAUUUGGAACUGCUGACACUGAUCUUCAAUUUCCUUGUAGCAGUUCACCCUGCUACCAACACAUAUGUUUGUCACAAUCCCAGAGACUUCUAUUUUACUUUGCAUAUAGAUGGCAACAUUUUUCAAGAGAAGGUUCAAUCCAUCAUGUAUAUGAGGAAUUCCAGUAGUGGUGGAAAAUCUGUUGACAGUCCAGCUUUGGCUAGGAUGAGCCCAGCUAGAUUUUCUGCUGUCCGACAAGGAAAUGAUUCUUCUGAAGCAAGCAACUCACAAAAAACAGUUCAUCGGGUACCUGAAAGGCUCUGUAAAAGCUUACCAUCAACUCCUGCAUCCUCUCCCAGAAUGCAUCAAGGAGGUUUCUUUAGGAAUAUAGGCAGGAGUGCUGAGAAUCUUCAUGAAGUUACAGAGCCUAAUGGAAUUGAGCCACUGCAGAAAAGCAGUUUGGUAAAGCACCCAGAAGCCUUUAAAAGGAUUCAGGAGGAGCAUUUCAUUAGUAGUUGUGAAUCUGCAAAAACAGUUGUAGGCUUGGAAGAAGUAACACCUGCUGAGACACUGGGUAUUUCAAGAGAAGAGGUAGAAUUGUUAGAUAAAACCUCUGAGAACCAUGAAACAAUCCCAGGAGUGAAACAUAGUGAAGAUGAUGUUAUUCCUGAGUUAUCUCUGAAGCGGCCUGACAAUCUGAAGGGAUUGUCUCCUAUACAGAAAAGCCAUGGCAAUUUUGCAGGGUUGGGAUUAGCCUUCUCCAUUCACAGUGGAGCUACUAUUGCUCGGUGGCCAAGCUGUAAGAAUGUGCCUUCAGAAGAUUGGGAACAUCUCACCUUUUCUUCAGCUAACACAUGGGCUCCACUAAAAUUCGAAAGCAUGUCCAAUAGAUCAACAGAAGAUUGUCUCGUACUCAUAUGCCAUGGUCUUUAUCACCUUCUGCGAAGAAUUCUUUUAAUUUUGCCAGAUGUCAUGCUUCCAGAUGUAUUGGACAAGCUGAUUCAGCCAGACAUUCUCAUAGUUCUUGUGAACCAUCCAUCUACUCUCAUUCAGCAAGGAGUCAUUAAACUUUUGAACACCUAUUUCAACAGAGCAACUAGAGAACAAAAGGAGAAGUUCUUGAAGAAUCGAGGUUUCUCCUUGUUAGCAAAUCAGCUGUAUCUUCACCAAGGAACUAAGGAACUUAUGGAAUGCUUUGUAGAAAUGCUUUUUGGUCGAUCAGUUGGCCUGGAUGAAGACUUUGAUCUAGAAGAUGUAAAAAACGCUGGACUUUUUCAAAAGUGGUGUAUAAUUCCUGUUCUGGGCCUUAUUGAGAAUUCCCUCCAUGAUUGCAUCCUGUUGCACAACUCCUUUUGUUUCCUGCUGCAAAUCAUAAAUUCUUGUUCUAAAAUGGCAGACAUGCUGCUGGAUAACGGCUUGUUGUAUGUGCUCUGUAAUACUUUAGCAACCCUUAAUGGACUCGAAGCCAACAUUCUCUCAGAUGACUCCACAUUACUUGUGUGUGAUAUACAGCAGCUACUUGCAGCAGUGACAAUCCAUGCCUGCAGUUGUUCAGGAUCACAAUAUUUUCGGAUUAUUGAAGAUCUCAUGGUGUUACUUGCACAUCUGCAGAUGAGCAAGAAUGAAAGAACACAGAAAAUGGCAGUUAGUUUGCAAUUCUUAGUCCUACAAUCAGCUGUAAAGUAUAUCAAAACUGUAGGAAAUCAAGAUUCAGAGAAUUUAAGCAACUCAUUCCAUUUAUCAGUUGCAGACCAUCAGGCUGUAUUUCAAAAACGUAAAAGCAUUGCUGCACCUAGAACAUUUUCUAUUGCUCACUUUGAGACAUUGCUAAUGAGAAUGCGUACAAUUGCAAGUGAGGAACUGAAUUUUAUGAUGCAGCGUAGAAUGAGUCAAGACAGCUCUGUUUGUGCCACUGAAGCAGAGCUUAUACAGAGGUUACAGAGGAUUACUGUACUAACAACCAAUAGAUUCAUGUAUCAAGACCUUUCUGAAAAUUGCCUUGAAAUGAUUGAGGCUCCAUUCCAGAAUAGAUCUUCACUUUCCCAAAUGGACAAGACUGAAAAGGAGGAUGAACAGAAGCAACUUACCCCAAAAAACACUUUCUUGAGGGAAAUGUUUAAAAUAAUGAUUGAAGGAAUUGGAUUAUCUGUUGGCACUACCAGGUUAAGCACCCCCAAGCAACAGUGGAAGAAAAUUCUCUUGUCUUGUAAGGAUACUUUUCGAGUGCAGCUUGGACGACUGCUUGUGCAUGCUUUGUCUCCAGCACGCUCUUUGCAAGAAAGAAAGGACACUUUGGAAUUCUUACAUGAAAUAAACCACCAAGAGAUUUUGCGAGACUGUUUAAGUACAACUUUGCAACAUGGGCCUAAGCUGUCACUUUACUUAUUUGAAUUAAUGCAUGAUCACAAAGAUGAAUUAACAAAAGAAGAACAGAUAUCGGUUGGAGCAUUCAUGAACACAUUAAAACUUUGUGGUUACAAAUACAUUCCUCUCAAUGCACCACCAAAGCCUGACCUCAUAAAAGCAAUGAAAGAGGACCAUAAGAAAUAUGUGGGUGAAGAAGAUGUGAAUAAAGCUGCUUGGGAAAAGAUAAUGGCCAACAACCGGCAAACUCUGUUUCAGCGCCUGGAUGCAAAGUCAAAGGAGAUUUCUAAAAUUGCAGGGGACAUCACCCAGGCUGCCUCUCUAUCCCAGGGAAUGGAAAGAAAGAAGGUGAUUCAGCACAUCAGGGGGAUGUAUAAGACAGACUUAAGUGCCAGCAGACACUGGCAGGAGCUCAUUCAGCAGUUUACACACGAUAGGGCUCUUUGGUAUGACCCGGCCUCCUACCCAACGUCUUGGCAGUUAGACCCAACCGAAGGACCUAACAGGGAGAGGCGCCGCUUGCAGAGGUGCUACUUAACUAUUCCAAAUAAAUACCUCCUCAAAGACAGACAAAAAGUGGAAGAGGUUCUUAAGCCCCCUCUGGCUUACCUGUUUGAAGACAAAACGCAUUCAUCUCACUCUUCUACAGUGAAAGAUAAAGCUGCCAGUGAGCAUAUAAGAGUUAAUCGAAGAUGUAUAAAUGUGGCCCCAUCUAGAGAGACUCCAGGCGAAUUGCUACUAGGCAAGUGUGGAAUGUAUUUUGUGGAAGACAAUGCUUCUGAAAUUAUUGAAAAUUCAAGUUUUCAUGGAGAAACUGAGCCAGCAUCAUUUUCUUGGACAUUUGAAGAAAUUAAAGAAGUACACAAGCGUUGGUGGCAAUUAAGAGAUAAUGCUGUAGAAAUAUUUUUAACGAAUGGCAGAACGUUACUAUUGGCUUUUGACAACACAAAGGUGCGGGAUGACGUGUACCACAAUAUCCUAACAAACAAUCUUCCUAAUCUCUUGGAGUAUGGCAAUAUUACUGCAUUAACCCACCUGUGGUAUACAGGACAGAUCACUAAUUUUGAAUACCUCACUCACUUAAACAAACAUGCUGGGCGUUCCUUCAACGAUCUCAUGCAGUAUCCAGUAUUUCCCUUUAUACUUUCCGACUAUACUAGUGAAACAUUGGACUUAAAUGACCCAUCUGUUUAUAGAAAUUUGAUCAAACCAAUAGCUGUACAAUCAAAAGAAAAGGAAGAUCGUUAUGUGGACACUUACAAGUACCUAGAAGAAGAAUACCGUAAAGGAGCUAGAGAAGAUGAUCCAAUGCCUCCCGUACAGCCUUAUCAUUAUGGAUCUCAUUACUCAAAUAGUGGAACAGUUCUUCACUUUCUGGUUAGAAUGCCUCCUUUCACAAAGAUGUUUUUAGCUUAUCAAGAUCAGAGCUUUGAUAUUCCAGACAGAACCUUCCAUUCUACUAACACAACCUGGCGCCUUUCAUCAUAUGAAUCCAUGACUGAUGUAAAGGAACUCAUCCCAGAAUUUUUCUAUCUUCCUGAGUUUUUAGUUAACAGGGAAGGUUUUGAUUUUGGGGUACGUCAGAAUGGUGAAAGAGUAAACCAUGUGAACCUCCCACCAUGGGCUCGAAAUGAUCCAAGAUUAUUUAUCCUGAUCCACCGUCAAGCUUUAGAGUCUGAUCAUGUUUCCCAAACCAUCUGCCAUUGGAUUGAUUUAGUAUUUGGGUAUAAACAAAAAGGCAAGGCCUCAGUUCAAGCUAUUAAUGUCUUUCACCCUGCUACAUAUUUUGGAAUGGAUGUGUCAGCUGUUGAAGAUCCAGUCCAAAGAAGAGCUCUAGAGACUAUGAUAAAAACAUAUGGGCAGACCCCUCGCCAGCUGUUCCACAAUGCACACGUCAGCAGACCUGGAUCGAAGCUUAUCAUAGAAGGAGAACUCCCUGCUGCAAUGGGAUUAUUAGUGCAGUUUGCAUUCCGAGAAACAAGGGAGCAUGCUAAAGAGAUUGUCUAUCCAAGUCCUUUACCUUGGAUCAAAGGCUUAAAAUGGGGGGAAUAUGUAGGUUCCCCCAGUGCCCCCGAUCCGGUUGUCUGCUUUAGUCAGCCACAUGGAGAAAGAUUUGGCUCCUUGCAGGCUUUACCAACUAGAGCAAUUUGUGGUUUGUCCCGAAAAUUUUGCCUCCUGAUGAUCUAUAGCAAAGAGCAAGGUGUUAGAAGCAUGCACAGUACAGAUAUCCAGUGGUCGGCCAUUCUGAGUUGGGGAUAUGCAGACAAUAUCUUAAGAUUAAAAAGCAAGCAAAGUGAACCUCCAGUAAACUUUAUACAGAGCUCACAGUUUCACCAGGUAACAAGUUGUGCCUGGGUGCCAGACAGUUGUCAACUUUUUACUGGUAGCAAAUGUGGAGUUAUCACAGCAUACAUGAACAGAUUCACUAGUAGUACUCCCUCUGAAAUUGACAUGGAGUCUCAGAUGCAUCUGUAUGGGCACACUGCAGAGGUCACCAGCUUGCUAGUCUGCAAACCCUAUAGUAUCAUGAUAAGUGUGAGCAAAGAUGGAACCUGCAUCAUAUGGGAUUUGAACAGGCUCUGCUAUGUGCAAAGUCUUGCUGGGCACAAAAGUCCUGUCACGGCAGUGUCUGCUAGCGAAACAACAGGGGACAUUGCAACUGUUUGUGAUUCAGUUGGUGGUGGUAGUGAUCUCAGACUCUGGACUGUCAAUGGUGACCUGGUGGGACAUGUGCAUUGCAGAGAAAUCAUAUGCUCUGUUGCUUUCUCCAACCAGCCUGAAGGAGUCUCUAUCAAUGUGAUUGCUGGAGGGCUAGAAAAUGGAGUUGUGAGAUUGUGGAGCACAUGGGAUUUGAAACCUGUGCGGGAAAUUACAUUUCCUAAAUCAAAUAAACCAAUUGUCAGCCUUACCUUUUCGUGUGAUGGCCAUCAUUUGUACACAGCAAAUAAUGAAGGAACAGUGAUCUCUUGGUGUCGCAAGGACCAACAGCGCUUGAAGCUUCCUAUGUUCUACUCAUUCCUUAGCAGCUAUGCAGCUGGUUGACAGCUCUGCAGGCUUCUCACCCUUAGUAAAUUAUGAAGCACUUUCAACACAGAGUGGACUGUGGAGCCUCUUUGGUUUUGCUAGAUUUUGAAGUACAUUAAAUGACUUUACCAUCAGCAAGUAGAUCAUUGAUGACGUCAAGGAAAGGCUGCUAUGUAUGCUCAUGCACCAAAUUUAUAAACCACAUCACAGUGAUAGGAACAUUCUGGCUUGCCUUUUUUGGUACCAAGAGGAUGCUUAGGGCGCUAACCCAGAAGUAUGUAUGCUGCAAUAUGUUAUGUAACAUAAACAUAUUUUUAUGGAUAAUUUCCUGGACACCCAUAUUCUGUAUCUUGAAGCACUAGUGGUAACUUUUGCUUAUUUGUGAUGUAAAAAUAUAAUUAAAAUACUUCAAAGGUUUAUAUAAAUACCA